AUGCGGUCGAGAAACAAUAAACGAGCGCCACUGACACCACAGACUGAGCCUGAGGCAGUAAUUGAGCAGCUCAGUCGCCUAGUUUCGUUCCACGAGCUCGAAGAUUGGCAGAAGGACAACCACCACAUUCACACGGGGUAUGUCCGUUCGUCCAACAGCUUCAAGUCGGUAGCACGCUCGCUGUUUUAUCUACACAAUGAGUCGGUGAACAUUUAUACCCACCUGUGGCCCUCAGUAUUGAGUGCACUGUUUUCGUUGUUCCUCUACGAUAUGUAUUUCCCUGUUUAUCCGAAAACAGUCGAUGCAGACCACUACGCCUUUUUCGUGUUCGCGCUGAGUUGUGUGACGUGCCUGGGACUCAGUGCGACGUUCCACCUGUGUAAGAGCCACAGUAGGCGUAUUUUCGCCUUCGGCAACAAACUGGACUACUUGGGCAUCUGUGUCUUGAUUGGCGGCUCUAUGGUUGCCAUCUUGCACUUCUGCUUGGACGACCAUCAACAGUUGCGAAUGUUGUUCACUUUGCUGACCUUGGCUUUUGGAAUUGGCUGUGCCUGUGUCUCUUUGAUUGACAAGUUCCGUACCCCGCCCUGGAGAAAGUUCCGGGCUCGCAUGUUUGUGAGCUACGGCUUGACCGGGCUACUACCGAUCUUAACAUCCUUCUAUUUCUUUGGAUACGAAGAGACCUGGGCCAGGUCAGGCUUGAAGUACAUGUUAUGGGAGGCCUUUUUCUAUAUUUUUGGUGCUGCUCUAUACGGAACUCUGUUCCCGGAGCGGUUCUUCCCCGGCAUUGCUAUUUGCUUAUGA